CCGGCGGCCGGUAGGGGGCGGGGUUCGAGCGUGGAUUCACGCGGCGUCCCCCGGGCAGGGGCAGGUGCGGCGCGGAGCUGGGCCGGCGGGUGGGCGGACUCGAGGCCGCGGGCUGGCGGCUGCGACGCCGCGUUGGGUCGCGCUCGGCGGGUAGGCCGCGGUGGCCGCAUCAGUGCUGACGUGGGGCGACGUGGGCCGGCGCCGGUCCCGGUGGGGCUUGUCGUCCCACCUCCUCGCGUCCGUAAGCAGUGACGAGGCCCGCUACGUAAAUCGCUUCGCGGCGGGAUAAAUAAAGAAGAAAACGAAGGAGCAAAGCAUUGACUACAAAUGUCUUAAUAAUGAGCAAGUGUGGCAGGAAAAAAUAUAUUAAAACAAAUCUAAGACAAAUGACCAUGGAAAUUGACUCUCAGCAGGAUGGAAGUAUACCAGAUUCUGUGGCAGAGAGCGAAUCUGCUCACAUGCAGAUGCAGACUGGUCAAAAUUCAAUCCCCACUUUAGCUCAGGUUUCUGUAGCUGGGUCAGGCACCGGAAGAGGCUCCCCAGCUGUAACUCUAGUACAGUUACCUUCAGGCCAAACUGUACAUGUCCAGGGAGUAUUUCAGACACCACAGCCAUCGGUUAUUCAGUCACCACAAUUACAGACUGUUCAGGUAGCAACAAUUGCAGAGACAGAUGAGUCUGCAGAAUCAGAAAGUGUAAUUGAUUUUCAUAAACGCAGAGAAAUCCUUUCACGAAGACCCUCUUACAGAAAAAUACUGAAUGAACUUUCCUCUGAUGUGCCUGGUGUUCCCAAGAUUGAAGAAGAAAAGUCCGAGGAAGAAGGGACGUCACCUAAUAUCGCUGCAAUGGCAGUGCCGACUAGCAUAUAUCAGACUAGCACGGGGCAAUACAUUGCUAUAGCCCAAGGUGAAGCAAUCCAGAUUUCUAACCCAGGAUCUGAUGGUGUUCAGGGACUGCAGGCAUUAACAAUGACAAAUUCAGGAGCUCCUCCGCCAGGUGCUACAAUUGUACAGUACGCAACACAGUCAGCAGAUGGCACACAGCAGUUCUUUGUCCCAGGCAGCCAGGUGGUGGUUCAAGAUGAGGAAACUGAACUUGCCCCAAGUCACAUAUCUGCCACCACUGGUGACAUGCCGACUUACCAGAUCCGAGCUCCAACUACUGCUUUGCCACAGGGAGUAGUGAUGGCUGCCUCGCCGGGAAGCCUGCACAGUCCCCAGCAACUAGCAGAGGAAGCAACACGCAAACGAGAGCUGAGGCUAAUGAAAAAUAGGGAAGCUGCUAAAGAAUGUCGACGUCGAAAGAAAGAAUAUGUCAAAUGUCUGGAGAGUCGAGUUGCAGUGCUGGAAGUUCAGAACAAGAAGCUCAUAGAGGAACUGGAAACCUUGAAAGACAUUUACUCUCCUAAAACAGAUUAGUAGAAAUAUUAAACUAUGAACUGAUUGCAAUAUGUACAGUUGCUUUUGAAGGCAAUACAAUAUAAAGCCAGCAAGAAUUAUGGCUUUUUUUUUCCCUUUAUCAUUCAUCGUAUUUUCUAAUCUCUAACAUUCCCAAACUGCUUCACUGUACGUAGUUAACUCUUAGCUGUAACUUCAAUUUUUUAAGAGAGGCAAACUGUAAAAAAAAAAAAUUCUUAAAAUGCAACAUUUGUAAGGCUUGUUCCAGUGCCACAUAUUUGCAGUUCCCGAUCUCUGUGUCAUGAACAGUGUCCUAUGCAAUAAAAAUUUUUUGCAGGUCUUUAAAAAUCAUUUUAGGAAAGGAUGAUCAAAGAUAAUGCAUCCAGCAGUACAAUAAAAGUAAACCACAAAAAAUACCUCAGGAAAGAACUGAAAGAAAGAAAGAAUUGAAAGAAUCUAAUGACAUGCCUAUGUGAAAAUAAUAGCCUAUAAAUGAAUUUAUGGCAUUUGCAGAUUUUUAUAUUGGUUGCUUUGUAAAGAAAAUAUUGUAUUGCUGUCCUUGAAUGCCAUAGUUGAAGAGAGUUUUUAAUAGAACCAUGUUGGUUACACUUUGUAGUGUUUGGUGCUCAUUUAACUAUCUGAACAUAUACUACAGUUUUUACUCUUGUGUAACAUAAAAGAUCUUGCAGAAGUUUUUAGUGUCGGUUUGCUAUUACAUGAUGAACAUUAACGCAAAUUUUAAUAUCUGUCCUGAUUUAAAGGUUUAAGUUAGAAUUGUAUUUGCAUACCGUCAAGGGGGGGGUCCACUGCCGAUUUCCACAGUGGGUCGUGAUCUCCGCAGUGUUCUUUCUGCCAUCUAAUCAGAAGCUCGGCCCCAGGGCUUUUACACAGAAGAGCAGCUAUGAGAGGUUCAGCUGGUAUGAUGGAGUAGGCCUUUCUGCAGAUGGUCUGGAAAUCUCCUGCUGGUGGCCCUCUAUUUUGAGUUUUGGCUAACAACCAUAGGAGUUUUGUUUUUUGUGUUUUAUAAAUUUAUUUAUUUAUU